CACAUAAUGCAGGGGAUCAAACAAGCAGCACCCGACACCAGAGAGCCGGGCUCGUUCGACACACUGUGCCUUGGACGAAAGACCCAAGCAAAACCACUCUCUCUAUGUUAUCAAAAUCUCCUAGGGAUGGGCAAGACUGAUAAGUUAAGCUACAUGGUGCACUGGGAAUCUGAACUCAAUAGCACAAUAGAGAGUAAUAAAUGGUCCGCAGCGAUGGCACUUGUAAUACGAGCCACACACUGCCUAGAUCAUGUUGAGGCGGCCUAUAAACUCUGGAUGAGGUGGUAUAUCACCCCACGGAGGCUGGCACUUAUAUACCCAGGGUCACAACAGGUUUGCUGGCGCUGCUGCGCACAGACGGGUACUUUGAGCCAUAUCUUCUGGCACUGUCCAGUAUUACACACUUUGUGGAG